AGCUGCUAGACGGUAGCUCCUCUAAAUAUUGACCAUAAGCUGAACACACAUAGGUCUGAGAGGGAUAUUCUGGGAGCAGUCAAGAGGAUUUUCACUCAAUUCACAAUCUAAAUGCCCUAGAAAACGAUAUCAACGAGAGAUGGAGUCUCCAGAGUUUUCCGGGUUAUCUUCCUUGAGAGGGGAUUUUAAACCCGAGGAUUACAUCAAUCCACAUUAUAAAGAGUCCUAUCGGCUGGCAAUCGAUCGCCUAGUGAGCGGUGGCAGAGACAGUUACCAGGAGUUCCUUAAGGGUGAGCGUAUCGGGAGUUUCCUGUCAGAGGAUGAGAUUCUCUUCAUCACUGAAAAUUCAGAACAGCCUCCCCUGCAAAACCACGAGGACGAAAUCAAUGGAUCACCAGACACACAAUCAUCUUCGGGGACGUACUGGCCUGUCCACUCGGAUGUGGAAACACCAGAUUUGGACUUAGGGUGGCCGGAAGUCAUGCAUGAAAAUCUCCAGACUAAUAUAGAUCUGCUGUUUCAUCCACCUAGACAAAACAACCCCACGAUCAAAGAGGUGAUCAGGAAGCAGAUUCAAGAAGCAAAACAGGUAAUCGGAAUUGUGAUGGACAUGUUCACUGAUGUAGAUAUAUUCAAAGAAGCAGUGGAUGCAUCUGUACGAGGAGUUCCAGUCUACAUUCUUUUAGACCACUUCCAUCUGAAAAACUUCCUCACUAUGGCUGAAAAUCAAGAUGUAAAAAUUCAACAGCUCAGAAACAUGAGGGUGCGUACCGUGAAGGGUCAAGAUUACCUCUGUCAAUCAGGAGCUAAAUUUCAUGGUGCGAUGGAGCAGAAGUUUCUUAUAGUCGACUGCCACACGGCCAUUUACGGCUCAUACAGCUUUUCUUGGUCUUUUGAGAAGGUCAAUCUGAGCAUGGUGCAAGUCAUCACAGGACACCUGGUGAAGUCCUACGAUGAAGAGUUUCGAACGCUCUACGCCCGCUCACAGGUCCCAGCUGAACUGUGCCCAGCAGAGGGACUGUUUCAACGAAACGGGUCAUUGGGGAGACAGGUUUUACCAAAAUCUCAUUCAGCCCAAAAAAUUGAGCGCAGGGACCAGCUGAGGCAUACACUAGACACGGUCUACAGGAAGACCUGUGAGAAGAAUCUGGGCACAAGAGACUUUGAAGACAGGCUCUUUGAAGAGGACACCAACAAGCUCAGGCCACUGAUCGAGAAUGGGGUCAGUGGUCCAAACCAGAUGCCACCAUUUCAGUCUACAGAGGCCAUGAACAUCUUGAAAAGACACAGCUAUGCUGGUGAGAGAGAGGGUGGCUAUGUGCCACAAAACAUCAGAGCAAGAGCGAGCAACUGGAAUAUCUCCAGAGAUCCAGGAAAUGGAUUCAAAAACUACCCAGUGGACAAUUACUCUCAAGUCCCACACUUGUAUAGAAACCAAAACAUGCGUCAGUCUUACAACGACAACCUGGUUAUCCCCAUUCAGCAGAACAUGCCAUCAAUAGAGAACACGUCAAAGUCGUUCAUGCGCAAUUUGAGAAUUGAUUCCUACCUCAAAAACCCAGACGUCCCAUACAGAGACUCGUGUGAAUAUUUAGACCAUGAACCAACAGACAAAGCUAGCUCUUUCAUGCAGGGAAGAAUGAGGACAUCCCUUGCUUUUAGGUCCACAAUACCAGAGCAAAUGGAGGCAAACAGACAUAUAAACAACUCUACUUAUGUCAACCCUGCAGCAACACAAAACACUCCUUUGCACUAUUCAUCCAUGCAGUGGAACCCAACACCACCUGCAGAAAACAGAAUGAGUCAUGAUGAGUUCAUGUUAAAGAGGCAAAGUCUGCAGCUUCUGGAUGACAAUCGGCAUACCCCAAGCUAUGGUAGACAAAACUCAUACUCGUCUAUGUAUUCUAGUCUAAAUAGACCUAAAGGUGGGCACAUGAUGAAAAACCCAGAUAUCAUGACCGACAGUUGGAAUAAAAGGCACAGUGUGGCAGAUCCGAGAUCAAACAGUGAGUACUCAAAAGAACCUACAUCCCACGUGUAUGGAGCUUAUGCAAGGAUGCAAGCAAACCGAAGCACAACAGGGAUCAAUGCACAGAAUGGUGGAUACGUGUCAAAUCUGAAUGAGGAUCAAAGGUCUGUGUCUCAUUAUGAUGUCAAAAGUAUCACAAGCACAAAGAGCCCCAGUACUCCAAGCUGGCAGGAGCCUCCAUUAAGGACCGUUUCUGCAGCAGCUCUGGAUCUAAAUAGCAAAGAGGAAAGUGGUAAAUCCCACCACAAUGGCUCUCACCAUUUCCUAAAGAAGAGCACCAAGAAAAUUAAAUCAUUGUUAAACAUACCAGAGAAAAAGGAGGGCUCCUUGAGUAAGUUGGAAACACAGAGCUGGAAGUCUGGUACAAGCACAGACACCAUAACAGCUGAAGAUGAAGAGGAGACGUCCCAGAGAGAAGGAAAACAUCGCCAAAGCACCACCAACUCUGGCAAGUCUCCCUCAGGACAAAGGAGAACCCUCCUGGAGGACAACACUCUAAAACCUUCAAAACCUCGAUUUGGAACUGAAGAGCAAAGAAACCCACCGCAGACCUUUCUCCCCAGAACAGCUUCUUCCCCAGUUCAUGACAACAGCACUGACAAAGGAGGGUGGAGCAGAGAGCGCAGUACUGAGACUCGCUUGUACAGCAGAUUUGAGCCUUUCUGCUCCCUGGACAAGAAUCAGCCUCAACGCUCUGCACACAGUUUUAAAAGCACACUCACUCAGGACAAACAUAAAGGCCUUCCAAAAGUAGAGUUUUCUACUGAUCACAGCCUGAGCCAGGCCUCACGAGGGCAUCAUGAAAAUAAGCUGGAGAAGUUCAUUCAUCGAGUAGGAAACCUCAUACACAAGAACAAGUAG